AUGGUUUGUGCCAUGGUCGCCGCCUUCGUCUUCACGGCGAACAUCCGAACGGCCAGUCAGUACGUGCUGCCGUCUCAUCGGAUGAAUCGGGCGGUCAAAUAUUCUAAGCAGUGAGUUUUGCCCAAUACUCACCACUUCACCCUGAAAUUCAGAGAAUCCGCCAUUCAAAAUCUCUGGAAUAUGAACAUGUUCUCGGAUGCUAACUCUGAACUCACUUUCGAAUCUCUUCUCAGCUAUCAUCCAUUCAACAACACUUGCAAGUUCCCCUUACCCAACACUUAUGCGGAGGACGUUAUGGUCUGGCCAACUAGAAGAUCCAAAACUAAUAAUCUAUUCAAUUUAGGAAUAUCAUCUAUCUGAGAGACUUCGAAAUUUGAAGUGUGAGGUGAAACAGAAAGAUUACGCCACGAUGGACUCGGAAGGAUACAUGUACGUGCACCCGCACUUUGUGGAUUACCCCCGACUCGAACACUACGUCUUCUGCAUGGUCGAUAUCAUCGAGGGAGGGCUCAGACAGCCGCACAGGAACAUGACCAAGAAUGUGUUCCGAGUUAGGAAAACGCUUAAUGUAAUGGGAGAUUUUAUAGGAUCUUUUGAGAGUAUCAGGUAGAUUCAGGCCCCUGCUGAAGAACGAUUCUUCGUGAACGCCGACGCCUUCAUCGUCAAAUGCUACAACUUUUCAAAGAGUGCUGUGAACCCGAACUCUCCGAUCUGGAGCAAACCGUUUCCCGGAAUGAAGGACCGGAACCUUCCGCCCGAUGAGAUCCUCCGUGUCAAAGAUCUCCAAUCGUACGGGGAUUACGGUAACCGUUUGAGGUCCGAAGCGAAAAAGAUCGUGGACAGAUACUCGGUCGAUAUUCUUGGGUAACAAUCAUCAAAAUAUAUCCUCCACCCUCACACUUUUGUUCAGAUUCGACUCAACGGCGCGAACGAUGUUCAUGAGGCACAUGCCGAGAACUGUGGAGACCAUGGAGAAGUUGGGAUAUCACUUCCUCUACGGCUACACCAAAGUGGCCGACAACUCGAUGGUAAACCUGGCGCCGAUUCUGGUUGGCGAUCUUCCGGAAGCGUUGAAAAAGCCGAAACACGAUGUGUCGGGAGAUAUCAAUCUCAAUUGGAUCCUGCCGACCGAUGACAAGCUGGACCCUACCAAGUUGAACUUUUUGUGGAAAGUGAUGAAAGAAAGUGAGUUACUAGUGACUGUCAAGUUUGAAGGUUUUGUUAUUGCGAGUUCAGAGUAUGGCUGUGAAAGUUUAUUCAAUGAGGACAUUUCCGGAAAAACGCUCGGUCUCUUCAACUAUCCGCCAAAUGAGUUUCAAGCCGGUACGCUCCUCAACUUUUGACUACUGUAUAUCUAAAACCAACUCUUAGGAUUCACGGAAGACCCGGCCGAUCACUAUUACCGAGCCUACUACCUGGCUGUUUACGAGAAUUGGAAGUAUGAGGCGUGCAAGAACGGCGAGCAGAUCCAGGCCGAGUUCAUAAGCAUUUGGAGACGAUUUGCCCAUCGCUACAAGGACAUUUGCCACUUUGGAUUCACUUUUGUGACAACUCUAACUCACGAGGCCGGAUUCCUUUUGGAAGUUCUCGACGAGAAAGUCAGUGCUCAUUUGAGCCAGUUGCAUCUGCAAGGUGAAUUGUGCCAACCAAUGGAAAAACCUGCAAAGAGAAAGUUUAGGUGCUCUGGAUAACACGGUUUCUGUAAUAAUGGGAGAUCAUGGCAACCGAAUAGGAGCAAUUCAGAGACGGUAUCACGGAAGAAUCGAAGAGAGAAUGCCUUUGAUGGCGAUCAGACUGCCGACUGGAUUCGCGGAGCUCUAUCCGGAGGAGUAUAACAACUUCUUGGACAACAAAUACAAAUUGACCAGGUUUUUCUAGUUUCUCGACAUUAUUAACCGCCAGAUUUCAGUAAUUUUGAUGUUCACAAAACAUUGCAUGAUAUCGUUCACAUGAGAUUCGGUAAAAACAAGAACGUCGAGGUGGACAAUGGCCGAGGGAUUAGUCUGUUCGACGCGAUCCCAAACACCCGCAGCUGCUAUGAUGUUCAUGUUCCGGAAAACUUUUGCAUGUGCAUGAUCGACGUGGCAAACAUCACGACACCUCUGCCGGGGAUGACGAAGAAAAACGCGAUCGAGCAGAGGAAGGUGAGCAAAACGCUUUGACGCGGGCAGGGAUCGAAACUGCAUUAGAUUGAUUAGAAGUCAGACGCCUUCUAAUCACUCAAUGCGCCUGAAAAAGAGGCUGGCGCGGCGACAGGACAAAAAGCAUUUGUGUUUGCACUUCAGGAUCAAUUCGACACGUUGAAACACUGGCUGAAAACCGAAAAAAUGGAGGAAUGCGUGGAUUUGAGCAGUCUCGAAUCAUUGAACGACUUCAAGGAGAUGGCAAUCAACCCGUUCAGUCGACACGGGCUCCGGACAAAAGUGAACUUGACCGCCAACGAGAUCACUCUCAAGGAACACGCGAACAAUGCGAAUUUGAAUGUUAGUUCAGUUCACGUCUCUAUUAGUAUUCUAACAAUCUCGCUGUACCGCAACACUGUGCGGUAGAGUGCGAGUGUCGGACUCAUAAAUUGCACCUAACGAAAUCGAGCCGAGUUUGAAGAAAAAUGAAAAAGUUCGGACAUUUUCCAGUGAAAAACAACUUAAAGAACGCGCUUGCACAAUAUAAAAUGUUACUUGCAGUACCUAAACUUUGAGUUCUCGGUGAUCGGCUCGUUCAAAACAGCGGACCCGCUGCGCAUGCUCGUCCGAACCGAACUCUACGUCGAACGGAACACAAGCCGUCUCGUCUUCGAGCCGAUGAUGCAGGAAGCGCCCGCGACGUGCCGAUUUGUAUCCAUUUUUGAUGUGUGCGAGUGCCUCCGCCUCCGGUUUCCGUCCUCCAAAUCCAAAUAG